AUGUCGCCGAAAAACGACACUGACAACAUCGAAGAAGCCCGACAAGGAUACGUCUACUUCCACCUGAAGAAGGAGCACAUCGUUGUCAAGGCUCCAACGACGAGAAAAGAUGAAGUCUUCAAGGUGAAAGAUGACAACAUCGCCGAGACUUUGCGCGCCGCUCAAUUGAACUGGAAGCUCAAAGUUGCCAAGAUCAGUGAAGAUGAGGAGGCAAUCAAAACGGCGCAAAGUGAGCUGAAUUUGCUCGAGUCGCAGAAAGAUGUUCUGAACUACGCUUCUGGCACUCGAAAACGCACCCGCCAAGACGCCAAGUUCUAG